AUGUUGUAUCGUGCCACGCGAUGGGAGCUUUUCAGCCAGGACCUCCAGGCCUUCAAACAAGGCAUGGUUUCACUAUCAAGACGUCGGACCUUUACAAAAAGACUAGUAAAGGUGGACAUCUCAGUACCAAUAGUAGAUCAAAGAGAGGUGGCAUUUUGCCAUUUCACUCAAAUACCUACAAUUGAUCUAAAGAGGAAGAAUAAACGGGGAUACCACCUUAAGCACCAGAAGAGCAAUAACUUUUUAGCCUGGUUAGGUAUGCGGGCUAAUGAUUCAUCUGCUACGGUAGUGUCUGGAGUCCUGGAGUCUGAGCCUAGACUGGAGUCUGUGCCUAGACUGGAGUCUGCAGUGCCUCAACUGGAGUACUAA